GAUCUCUGCAACAUUUGGAUCUCUGCAACUCAUAUAGCUGGCAAGGUUAAUGUUGAGGCAGAUAGAAUGUCUCGAGUAUUUCAUGAUAAGAAUGAGUGGAAGUUAAAUAAGCAAACAUUUCAGAACAUCUUAACAAAAUUUCCCAGCCUGGAAGUUGACUUGUUUGCAAGCCGAGUAAAUUUCCAACUUGCACAAUAUGUUGCAUGGCGACCAGAUCCUGGGUGUAUUGCAGUUGAUGCUUUUACAUUAAACUGGGAUACUAAGAUGUUUUAUGCCUUUCCACCAUUUAGUUUAGUUCCUCGUUGCUUGCAAAAGAUACUACAAGACCAAGCCUCAGGAGUACUAAUCGCUCCCUUCUGGCCGACCCAGGCCUGGUUUCCACAACUAUUACAGCUACUGUUCGAUCAACCAUGGAUCCUCGCACCAUCAACAAACCUCCUGCAGCACCCAGUUCAGUUGAUAUCACAUCCACUAGCCAAAACCCUUCGCCUGAUGGUUUGUCCUGUCUCCGGAAUCGCUUCGCGGCAGAUGACCUUUCAGAAGAAGUUACAGAUAUCAUUAUGUCAUCUUGGAGAACAGGUACCAAGAAACAAUAUUCCACCUACAUCCAAAAGUGGUUGGACUUUUGUCGUCAAAGGACGAUUGCUUGUCAUUCACCAACAAUGA